GUGUUCGUGUGUGUUGAAGUCUAUUGACAGUUAAAGGCGCUGCAGGGGACCUGAGGCCGCCGGAGAAGACUCCGCAUUUCAAGGAAUACAGCCACAAAGACUAGUAAAGGAUAACCGGACCAAGCAGAUGAUGAACACACCGAAUACACUCCGUGCGAACCGAGCCGUGGUCGUUUGGAGUCAGCCGGCUCAAAUCUCAGCUCUCUCAUCCCCGCUCAGUGGACGUCGGUAGCCGCCUGCCCGGCUUGCUAGCCCCGCAGUCCUUCAAACAAACCCUCCGCUCCACAAUCACGGAUCUGCUCUGUUUUUUUUUAACGGCAUUACGAAAGCCAGCCAGCAUCAGGCAGAGCUCACUGGAGCAUAUGACGCCCAUUUGCUCUCUGUGAAGCGGCGGUGUAACCUUCAGGUCCCGUAUUGCGGCUCUGACCGCUAGGACCGAGCUAGCAUCCUCUGGAGUCGGAUGGACGAGCGGCUCUGCAUCCCUGCAGCCCGGGACGCGUUCAGGCUGCUGCUGCUGGAAUGCUAACCAACGAGGAAGUGGCUCGAACAUGACGGGAGGCGUUUCAUCCCUCAGGCUCGUCGGCGCUGCUCAGACAUUUCCUAGAUGCCAGGUGUAAUGACCGUCCCCCAGCAUGCCUGUGGCCGGCCGUGCCUGCCUCCAGCCCUGCGGAUGACACUCACACAGGUAGCGGCGGUUCAGAGCGAGCAGCGGCGGCGCGGACACACCGUCGCCGGGUAGCACCGACAGACUUGACGUGAGCUUGCUAGCGCCGAGCUAGGCGGCUAACAGCACAAUAUAACCCCCCAACUACACUAAUGGUGUCCCAUAAGGUUUUAGUGGCAAUAAUCCUGCUGAACGUGUAUAUAGGUGUACAGUCUGUUUUCUACUUGUUCGGCGGCGUCCUUUUAACGGUCCUCUUUGCUAUGGCAUUUCUAAACGGACCCAGGCUGCUGGACUGGGCGAGUUCACCUCCACAUCUUCAGUUCAACAAAUACGUCCUGACGGGGUACCGGCCCAUCUCCUCCGUGCAGGACUGCAUCAGGAGCCUGUUUUACCUGCACAAUGAACUUGGAAACAUUUACACUCACGGCAUCCCUUUGGUUUGCUUCCUGGUGCUGCUGCCGCUCAACAUCCCCUGGUCCCAGAUCAGCGUCACGUGGUUGGGCGUGGUGCACUUCCUGGCCUGCCUGUCGCCCCAGCUGGGCUCGGUGCUCUACCACCUCUUCAUGAACCACGAGGGAGGCGAGCCGGUCUACCACACCCUCCUCAAGCUCGACGUGUGCGGAAUCUGCAUGAUCAACACGCUGGGUGCGCUGCCCAUUGUCUACAGCACGCUGUUGUGCUACCCGUUCAUCCGCACUGUGGCCCUGUUAGUCUACAUCCUGCUGUCCAGCCACGCCAUCUACUGCGCCGUCACGGCUCGCAGCAGCGUGCGGCGGCUGCGCUCCUUCGCCUGGCAGGCUCUGUUCCGCUUCUCCUUCUUCCUGCUGCGCUGGGUGGGCGUGGGCGGCGGCAGCCCCACCUCGCUACGCCACUUCCUCAUGAUGGACGCGCUGGCCGUGCUGGGCGGGGUCAUCAACAUCACGCGCAUCCCGGAGCGCUUCCGGCCGGGCCUCUUUGACUACUGGUGCAACAGCCACCAGAUCAUGCAUGUACUGGUGGUGGGCUCCAUCCUCUACCUGCACUGGGGCGUCCUGGACGACCUGCUGUGGAUCAACAGCUACAACUGCCCCUCAGACUGACCCCCACUACGGCCCCCACCCCCCAACAAGGAGCGCCGCCGACACGACGACGAAGGACCUCUGGGGGGGAGCGGGGUGUGUGGAGAGGGAGGGAGGGGGAGGAGGGGAGACAGGGGGAGAACUGAUGCUGUGCAUGUGUUCACCUCAUGCGCUCAGAAUGUUCAUAUCUUCGUCGGUCUUUGUGCGAAUGCAGGUAAACGUAUGUCAAGUAACACGCACAAUCAUUUUGACUCUCUCGCCACAAACAUGAGCAGACACUCACAUUCAUGCAGUUAUUUAGAGUAUUAAACACUGUAAAGUCAUAGGAAAAGGCUUCAGUAAAAGGCUUCUGCUGAGCUUAAAGCCUUUACGAAAUAACAGAAGCUGAGCAUUAGUUGAAGUGGUUGCUAAAUAUCUCACGCUCAAGUCCUCUCAGAUGUCACUGUUGCUACCUAUGCAGCACAUCCAUAUCUCAGCUCAUGCACAUCACACACUACACACACUCCUCCCUCGCACAUAUAUUUUUAUACUACAUGUUCGUACUGGAAGUGCUGCGCAAAGCACUCCUUGAGUUUUCACUUAUUUAUUUCCUCGUUUUGUGCCACUGCCUCUUUCUUUGUGUGCGUGUCGGUUUCAGCUGUUCUUACCGGCACCAGAUGAAGAUGGACGAGGGGUUCAUUCCUGAACACGUUGGCCAUGAGUUUACUCGCUUUAGGACCGCAAAGUUAGUGUGGAGCAGUGUUAUCAGCUUUGUUUGCACCUGUGCCAACGAAAGCCAGGUGUGUUUAAACAGAAAAGAAACUGCACCCGUUUACAACCUGUGUUCUGUCGCGUCAGACAGAAUCCCCAUGUCCGGCAAAGUUCUCAUUAUUUAUUGUUGUGCAUUUAUGAUAACCUCCAUUUGUGAGGAAACUGUUACCACUAAUUAUUUUUAUGAAGUUUUCGUAUUUUUAGGUUAAAAAUGUAGAAACUCAGUGCUGUGUAUUGAGUCUUCAGUUUAUUUUCUGCACAAAGGUUGCGUAUAAAAGCCCUCUAAUCUGCAAUUUUAAACAACAAACCUUUGGAUGACGUUGUUGCUCUUCACUGAAAUGCCUCUGUGUGUACAUACGUGGCAGCAGGAUGCAUUGAGAAAUAAGAUGUUGCCAUUUAAAGGUAGCCAACUAUAGCUUGUGAGGUUUUCUAGUUAAUGUUUUGACACUGUAAACCCAUUUGGCAAAGAGCAGAUAUUUGUCUUUGAUCCAUUAUGCACAAAGUAAUGUAGUUAAGGAAUAGAUUAUAUCCGUUCUUCUUUUUAUUCAUCGGUAUUUAUUUGUUGCCGCAGGUAGCUCUGUGUCUGUCAGCUGCUUUAACAGCUGUGCUGCUGCUGUGGAGGAUCACAGGCUCACAGAUCAAGCUAGAGGUCAAAGAAAAUCUUUUGUUUUAUUCAAACCGUGCAAAUCCUGAGGAUUAGCUCCGUUUUUCCUCCCCACCCGCUUUUCUUUCCUGCAAUAUGUGGCUUCACAGUAAUAUAUUGGAGCAAGAUCCGUUGCUGUGCAUCGCAUUUCAUUCAUAAUAAUCAGACAGAAAGCAGCUGACCUUAAACACGCCUGUUCAGUUCAGUUAUUUACAUCAGUUUUUCUCAGACUUGAAUUCGAUUCUACUGUAUUUGGAUGUUUACUUGUACAUUAUAUAUUAAUGUUUUGUCAUGAUUGCCACAAAAUGAGCACAUAAUUGCCACAUGAUGCUUUUGAAUGCACUGUUUUUGCUCUGCAGCUGUGUUUGUGUUCUGUGACAGAGCAGAACUUAUCUUGCACUUUUUUUAACCUGAGUAGAGGUUCGACUCUGAUGAGUCAUUUUAAAGCAGUGUGGUGUGUAUUUAUAGAUAUAUAUAUUAAGCUGGUCUAACUAAGCAGGAAUGAACCCCUUCGCCCUCCUGCCAUGUUAAAGGCACAGCAGCUCUGUGUGUAUGUCCAUGAUUGUUUCGACCUCAUACUCUGCUGUGCUUUUUCGGUUGCUACUCUCAAGUUAAAGUAACUGUUGCGCUGUUCCGUCACGUUCAAGACCGCUGUCUGACGACUGAUUCCUUAUUGAGAGGCAGACUUUACUUUCUUAAUGACAUUGCACUUGUUUCCCAUGCCAACAGUCACAGCCGCCCACUGACUAGUUGCCAAUCCCGUCAGUCCCAUUUCAUCUUGCCAAAUUAGCAGCGUCUGAGGCGUAGCACACCCUCUGCUUCCUGCGCUGACACUGACUCAUAGGUGAAGAAGGACCUCCCAGAGCCUUUAUCACGUACACUAACCUCAGACUGCACCCCCUCACCCUGAUAGAGUCAAAUACUGUUUGUGUGCUAGUCUCACUCCAACGGUGAUUAUUACCUGCUAUGACCGGGGAUCAAUGUAAAAGCUGAAACUAAUGUAUUUUUGGCCAUUGAAUGAAAAAAAAAACAAUGCAUGAAAGUAGCUGUGAAUCAGAAACUGAUGUCUCAUCGUGUUAGCUAAUCGUUUGUACAUCGUAGCCAGCAACAGGUCAUCCGCUCACUCCUGGAAAUGACUGUGUGGGUAGUCGGGGGUGGUUUGAAAGGUAGGGUCACUACUAUAAGAAGACGACAGAUCAGAGGCAAUACAUCACUAUCAAACAAACUGCACUGUUCAUUGUUCUCCAAAGGGCUUUGGAUUCAAGUAAAUUACAAUUCUCAAACAUAUUUAAAGUCCAUAUAAAUAAUGUAAAUACAUGUAUGUAGAUUAUAUAAUACAUACAGUGCAGACAAAAUAUACCCAGAUUCAUUUUUUUUUAACAAUCUGCGGAGGAAGGACAAUAAGAAGGAAUGGGAUUGAUGCUUUGCCACAUAGAAGCUGCUGCUCUCUUUCAUAGCCAAAGUGAAACAUGAGAGAGGGAGGCAGGCGGCUCGGUGCGGCGCUUCAGAGCGAUAUCAAUGACGUGUUUGCUUAGCUGUGUCCAUGUGUAUGUGAACAACACGGGGAAAAAAUACUGAAAUCGGUUUCAGUGCUAAUGUAGAGUUGUUUGACUUUUUGUGGCCCUAACUGAGAAUGCUUUUGAUCAUUUAAAUGUAACCGCUUUUUUUUUUUUUUUUUUUAAGACACGCGAGAAAGACGUUUAUGACCACAGUGGGGGAACCUUGGCGGGCAUGUGAAUACCUCGUGACUACCACUGGUCUAUCUAUGCAUUAUCAGCCGGAGGAUACGCAACAGUGAAGUCAAUUUGUGUUUGUUAAUCGGCCCUCUGAUCCGCCGUAACGGAGGGCUCACUCCAACAUCCUGGGUCUCCCACUUCUCAGGGUGCCAUAGCAGUAGCUGUAACAUCCGAGGCCUGACCUCUGCUGUCUGAAACAUGUCUGUGGAGACGUCUGUCUACCUUCACCCGCCCUCUAAAACCAGUCUGUUCAUGCUGUGACUGGAAACAAGGGAGGAAGAAGGUAGAAAGGGGGUAUUUCUCUAAAAAAAAAUAAUAUAAAUAUACAUGUUAUGGGAGUGGAGUCUGAUCAGAAAAUUGGUCUUUGUCCUUCUGUCUGUAUGUUAAAUGAAAAAAAAAGACAUAAAAUGAUGUAUGGAAGCAUCACUAACAAAACUAAAUUCAGUUUUUUAUUACACAGGUGCCGGAUAGCCUGUUAACACGCUGUUUAUAAUGGAUUACCUGUAUUGUUAUAUACUGAUUAUUCUGAUUACUGUUAUUCUGUGGAUCCUAAUAAUGACACUGGUCUAUGUGUACAGGUAAUGAGACAAGCCCUUUCCUUUAGGAUGAAGGGAGCUAUCUGGAGGGUCUGUCUGUUAUCCUGUCUUCAUAUCUGCAAUGUCACGGCAUUUUUAACGUGUCAAAGGAGCGCGUGUGGCUCCAUCUAGUGGAGGUUCGUGUUCACUGAUGCAGGCAUUACUGUAGCCAUACCGCAGCCAAAUGAAAGCAGCUGACAGGCGGUAAUACUGUCAAUCCGGGUCUGCGGUUUUCCUCCAGGGUCGUUACUUUCUCUUUCCAGAUCAUGUAUGUGCACAUGUGUGUAUGAGCUCUCCUGCAGAACCCAUGCAAGCAUGAAAUGUGUAUGUCGUCCGGUUUACUUUCUCCUGUUGCACCGACGGGAUGCUGACUGCACCCUCAGAGUGCCUCAUUAUCCAGUCUGUGUGCUCGCAAAUGAACGCGCUCCAACACAGACACACACACUCCGUUCCUGUGCUGUAGUUCACAUGUGUGUCCGACAUUAGUGUCCUGUGUAACAGACAGGCUCUCACACUCCUCAGUCUCCAGCAACGAUUGUGCAAUAAACUGAAGUCUAUAUUUUUAAA